UUGAACAAAGGAGACGGAUCUUAUAAAUCCGUAAAUAAAUUACAAUAUUUUCACGCUUGGUAUUUUUUUUCAUUCAUGUUAACUGCGUCACCGAGGCAAGAUGGAUACCGCCACGUCCAGUAGGAAACAUUCUAAGCGCUUCGGUGUGAUCUUCUUUCUGUUAUGUUUUCUUAGUUCGACAGGUGGAAACGAACUUUUGUUCCCGUUUGGCGCUGGAGAAGGAGACUCAUUUCUUCCACCAAAUGACGAUGGGAGUUCAGGGGAGAUUCCAAUCACCAUCCCAUUCCCGUUCUUCGAUCACAACCACGACUCUCUCUUUGUGAACACAAAUGGCGUGAUAUCUUUCCUCAUCCAAGUUUCCCAGUAUACCCCGUCACCUUUUCCACUGGAUGGUGACAGACGAGUGGUGGCGGCAUUCUGGGGUGAUGUUAAUAUCUGGUUUGGAGGCAACGUGUCGUACCGUGAACUCCACCGUACUCCGAGCAAUGAAGAGUUAUUUGGCCAAGCAGAUGGUAUCAUCAGGCAGGCUUUUAUCGACCAGUCGAAGUUUUCAUCAUCCUGGAUGUUCAUCGUGACUUGGGAUGAAGUGCCUUUUUUUGGAGCCGGUGGAGAAGCCCUUCAAAUAACAAACACAUUUCAGGCUCUGUUAGUGACCAACGGGAGACAUUCCUUUGCUGUUUACAACUAUGAAGACAUUCGCUGGACGACCGGCACAGCAAGCGGUGGAAACAGCUCAAACGGACUGGGCGGUAUACCAGCCCAAGUUGGUUUCAAUGCUGGCGAUGGCUUCACAUUCUACGCUGUUCCCGAAUCCAGGACAGACGCAAUCGUUGACAUCGAUCAAGAUUCGAAUGUUGGCACCAUAGGGCGCUUUUUGUUUCGAAUUGACAGCAGUGAUAUCGUCGAUUCUGGUUGUAACUCCGAAGGAUCCCUGGCUGUCUUCCCCGUUUCUGGCUCUAUGCUCGGUGGAGAUAUCGUCCACAUUUCCGGACCGUGUCUCGACGAAUCCUCCACCAUCGUGUGCCGAUUCGCUGAUGCUGAAGUACCCGGGCAGUUGGUUUCUAACACCACAGCCAGAUGCGUCAGCCCGCUGGUAUUUGAAGUCGGCCGUCUGCCACUUAAGAUGUCAGCUAAUGGCGGCGAAUCUUUCAAUUUCACCGGAAUAUUCACAUACCUGAGUCCGGAGGAUGUCACUCCAAGUGUCAAACGAUUGGAUGCAACCGAUUGGCUGAACAAGGAAGAGCUGACGAUCACGUGGGAUACUGAGCUACUACAAGACUACGCAGCAAAUGUUAGUAUCUCUGUCCAUGGUUACGAGGAGGAUAUAGCCACAGGAGAGGUGAAGAUGCCAUUUGUGUACAGUCUGUAUGGUAUCAACGAAGAACAAACAGUGCCGUACAGCGCGGGUCGGUUCAGUUUCAUCCGGCCCCGUGCACCGAGUGGCGCCCAGUACACGGUGGGAGCUAUCCGUGUGUCUCAAUAUAUACAAGGGCAAGAUGAAGCGGAACGAACUCAACCAGGCAUGUGGAGCGACAUCCACAACCUCCACUGGCUCUAUCCAGUCCCUAGCCCUUCAGGAUGGUGCGAUAGAUGGCUGGCAGAGGCUACGUUGGACUUGGACUUCCUUGAAGUGACUGAGCCGUGCCCCUGCACGCUGACCCAGGCUCUGGUCGAUGCUGGUCGGUUCAGUGAGCACCCUCUAUGCAAUUCUCCAGGAAGCUGCGAGAUGUCCAAGCCUGGUGCCGUGUACUGUGUAAGAGCCGACACAGCCAGUGAUUUGGGAGGUGGGCAAGAGUGUUGCUAUGGUAACGAUGACAAUAUUCUUGACGUAGCAAGGUCUGCUGGCGGUGGUUUUGCACACCGAAGACAUCAUGGGGGUGUUGCACCGUAUAAGUUUGCUGGUCGUGUUCCCUACCUCUCUCACUGGUUUUGGGAUAUUCUACCAAUGGAACACUGCUGUAUAUUCUCGGAGUGGUUUUGUCAGGAGUACAAAAUUUACAUUCGUCCUUCUCAAACCUGCGAAGACUACGAGCCACCUCAGCCCGCCAUUGGUACUGGAGAUCCCCACCUCUUCACAUUGGAUGGGAUAGAGUACACCUUCAACGGUGUGGGUGAGUACACCUUGCUAGAGACGUGUGGUGGACUGCUGGAGCUGCAAGCGAGAAUGGCCGUCUUACAGCCAGGUGGUAAAGCAACAGUGAUAACAGCCCUGGCGGCCCUUCACAGGAACGAAUCGGACCAGAUUCAUGUUGAAGUCAGCGAGCGACGGGGCAUCGAUGUGUGGUUUCGUCAAGGGAACGACAGUGACUGGACAAUGAUGGAGUUCGAAGAGACACAGAUCAGACGAGUCGAGUUGGAAGGUGUGACGGUCUUCUACCGGGAGGCGAACAACUCGGGCGUGAUGACCAAGAACAUCCACGUGAAUUUCAAAUGUGGAGUGUCACUAGUCGUUUCAACAGCGUCCGGGUUGCUCAACGUGUUCACCGCACUACAGCAGGAACUGAAAGGGCGAACUAGAGGACUGUAUGGUAACUGGAAUGGAGAACAAAAUGACGACUUCGAAAGACCAGACGGCACCGUCCUUACAGCCAAUGCCACAAUGGAGGAGAUCCACUACGAGUUCGGUCAAAAAUGGCAAAUCAAGCCAGAGAAUUCCCUGUUGAGAUAUCCCAGGGGCAAGGUUCCUUCGGAUUACGCCGAUGAGACAUUUGCUCCACUUUUCUGGUCACCGAGUGAUGCCGCUAAUGACAGCGUUCUUGAGGUUUGCGGCGACGACACCCGAUGCGCCUUCGACUUUAUCGUGACUGGAAACGAAGACAUCGCUAGGGCCACCAAGGGAGCGGUGGAUAGCUACAAAACUGCCAUCGAAAGUGCAGCACUAGUGAUAUGUGGCGCUCUUGCUGUACCUCCCAACGGCAAGAAGGAAGUGUCUCGUGCCAGUGUGGGUGGGGUAGCCAACUUCACCUGCAAUGAUGGAUAUAUCUUGCAAGGGGAAGAUGAACUAGUGUGCCAAGAGAACGGCACAUGGAGCGGGGACGUACCCAUCUGUGUUCAAGUUGUCACCAUGAACCCAGUGAUCUGUGACGCCGUUAUGGAACCAGCCAACGGUCAGAUGGAAGUAUCAAGUACCAAUGUGGGCGGAGUAGCCAGGUUCACCUGUAAUGAUGGAUACACUUUGCAAGGGGACAGUGAAUUGGUGUGCCAAGAGAACGGUCAAUGGAGCGGGAAAGUACCGACUUGUACCGCUUAUAAGCAACCAUCAGAUCCCGCCUUGAAAACAUGGCAGUUGGCUCUCAUCAUUGCUGGUUCCUGCUUGGUGCUGGUUGCAAUCCUUGCCGUUAUUGGAAUACUCGCGUUCGUCAAGAAAAGCUCGAAAGUUGAUGUUGUUACUGAUAUCCAUCUCGAGCCAAGCAAACCAGAUAACAGUCAGCCGUCCGCAAUGGCCGUGCCCAGCGUGUGAGUUCAGACAACAACGCACUCAACCUAGUUUCAGACGAGCAGGCGUUUGGCUAGCUGCGAAUGAUAAAAUGGAUUUGUUUGCAGUGCUUAGUCGAAAUUUUUCAUGCGGUCCCGGCUGAUCGUUUAAAUAUUCAAUAUAACAGUUUCUUAAAAUAGUCCAUUCAAUUUCAUGAUCGUUUUUCUAAUAAAAGAACUAAAAUGUCAACCACCAGAGUAUACCUAAAUGAUGUUUUUGACAGAAAUGCACUUGACAGUGGCCUAGCCAUGUCAUAAGUUUGAGUGAAAAUAGGGGAUUUUUCUAACAACUGGCCCAAAAAAUUGUAUAAAGCAGAGGUCGAUGUACUAGAAGUGUGAAGUGUUGUCGGUGUGAAGUGUUGGCGCUCUCAUUUAGUUUCUAAAAAACAGUAGUUGAAUAUGUAACUAGGAGAUUUGUAUUUUUAUCAUUUUUUAAGUAUAUACAAAUGCUCGGCGUGAUUUGAUAAUUUAAGACAAUUUUGUCUUGUAUGACAUCACUACAUGAGCUCAUAAUUGUCUAAUAAUUUAUGUGAAUAUGCAAAUGAGCACGAGGGUUCAUGCAUAGUGCAGGAUCUGUGAGUCGGUUAAUCGGUAAGAUGUUUAUUGCUACACAGUUGCUGAGUGCAUUACCUUCAUAAGUAACGUGUAGAAUUUUCAAGGUAGAUGUUUUAUUUUUUUUCGUAUUUCACAAUUCAAUUUAUGUUAGCUUACAGGUAUAUACAUACAACAUUUGCUUUUGUUGGAGUUUUUAGAAAUGAGUGGAUUUGGGGAUAGGUAUUUUAUAACAAGUUUUUAGUUCAUAGAUGCUGGAAUAACCAAGAAAAAUGUUAUUCUUGUAGUCUGGUUCCCCGACGAUGCUUUCACAAUUAACAGAAGUUGUUUUUACUUUUUCUAUUUUUGCAGUUCUUAGAAUAGAUUCAGUCGAUUGAAAGUGAAAAUAUUUGUGUGUGAUUCAGUCCCCUUUCUUGUUUGUAUCCGAAGUGGUGUGCAUUUUACGCAUUGUAGUUUGUGGAUAACGACUUUCAUGAAAACCGAAUACAUUUAGACAAGUGUUGCUGAACUUCUUUCCCGACGAAAAUAUCCGAUGUCAACACUUUUGGGCAAGUGUGGUUGAGAUUUCACCCGAUUCAAAGAUUUGGUUUGGUUUCAAUUUCGUCGGUUGUCCUUCGAAUUUUUUUACAUCCACCCAUGUAAUGCAUAUUGCGUUGACAUUGCGCAGAUUAUACCCUACCGCAUACCUUUACCAUUCAACCUAUAUUAUUAAAGGUAAUUUAGAUUAAGGUAAUUAUUUUUUGCUGUACUUUUCAGAAAUAUUAUUACAUACACUGACCAGUUUCGAGUUUUGUGUUCAAAGAUGCUGGAAAAACCAAGAAAAAAAAGUUGUUCUUGUACUGUAGUCUGUUUCCCUGUAGUCU